AUGUUUCUUCAAGCCCUCCCCAUCGGGAUCUCCCUGGCCAGCGUUGCUCUGGCACAAUCGGACACUGCAGCUCCUCCAGGCUACACCUACGGAGGCAACUUUCUUGCGGUUGUACCGGACAGCGAAGCUGUAUCUCAAGCAUUUCCUGAGUUGAACAUAGAACUAAAAUCUCCAUACUUCCUGAAUCCUGAACGGAGGAAUCCAGGCUUUGCCAAUGGCACAGAAGGACCUACCAGUGACACUGAGCUGGAGUACUUUAUUCGGACGCUUGCGAACCGCAAUGACUGGCUCACAUAUCGUCCAGCAGAGUUUGUCUCCGAGGAAGGAAGAGGAUUCCCUUAUGUCUACCUUUCGGAGCCGUCACCCUCAGGCCUGGCCGCRACGACUAACAGCUCCAAAUUGAAGGUCUAUAUUGAAGCUGCAAUCCAUGGUAAUGAGCCAGCGGCUGAUGAGGGUGCUCUUGCACUUCUUGGAAAGAUGGAUGCCAACCAAACUUGGGCUGCGUCUCUUCUCGAGAAGAUGGACAUUCUUAUGCUCCCACGUUGGAACCCGGAUGGUGUCGCCUACUUCCAACGGCGGAUGUCCAGCAAUCUGGAUCCAAACCGUGACGCAGUCAAGCUUGAUCGACAGCAGACUCGCGACAUCUGGCGUCGUACCCACGAGUACGGUGCACAUUUGAUGAUCGACAUGCACGAGUAUACCGCUUCCACAACCUUUGGCGAAGAUGGCGAAUAUCAACACGCCGUUGAUGCUAUGCACGGAGUUGGAUGGGACCUGAACGUCCACAAAGAUAUUCUUGAUCAAGGCCUGAAUGUUUUCAUCCCAGCUAUUGAUCGUAAGCUAGAAGCCAAGGGCCUGCGGUCUGCACCAUAUGUCACCGGUCCUGCCAAUGUCACUCCUCCCGUUUUCACCGAGUCAGGCACGGGAGCCAGGUACGCCGAGAGCAACGUAGCUCUAACCCAAGCCGUAACCUUUUUGUUCGAGACACGGGGUAUCAGACUAGCGGCACAGAACUUCCAUCGUCGUGUCGCAACACAGCUUUUGAAGCUAGAAGCUGUCCUCGAGACUGCUAGAGACAGCCCGGAUCUACUMGACAUCAUCGAGAAUGCCAGACAGGAGUUCAUCAGCAGCACAGAGGAUAUUGUCGUCAAAGAUGCCUCUGAGACGAUCAACACGACUUAUCCUCUAGUCCUCGCAUCGAACGGAACCGUAGUCGACGUACCAGUGACUUUCAUUCGGACUCCAACUCUAGCGAACUUCACCCGUWCCCGGCCAGAGGCAUAUCUUAUCCCACGAACCUGGAGCGACAUUGUGGAACGUCUUGAGAUUUUCGGCCUGGAAGUCGAGACUUUGGAGCAUGAGUUCCAUGGCACCGUUGAAGUCUUGUCAGUCGCUACCAGCGAGCUUGCUACGGAAUUGUAUGAGGGCCAUGUUCUGAAUACCGUCACGACGACUGCUGCCCAGAAAGAGAUUCAUUUGCCCGCAGGUAGCUUUUUGGUCAGCACGAGACAGAAGAAUGCGGCUCUUGCGUUUGCAGUGUUGGAGCCUGAAAGUCUCGAUUCUUAUGUGACUUUCAACUUCAUUCCAUUGGCCGUGAAUGACGAAUACCCAAUCUUCAGAGUCAUGGCACAGUGA